AUGACUGUUGACAAAAAGUUUAAAAUCUCACCGCCACCUGCACGAAAAUCGGACGACAGACUUAAACGAAAAAAGGGCUUUGGCUUUAAAUUCUUUGGUCGAAAGAAGAACAACACCACCUCCACUGAGUCCUCUGCUACUGAUGAUGAAGCUUCCACUAGCAGGAGCGCAAUUCCGUCUGGUAGCGAGGAGGCUCCAUGGUCGGGUCAGUUGGAUGCCCACUUUCCCGAGACCCUGCAAGCCGUCAGAAAGAGUCUCCAGAAUCUGACUGCAGAGGUUCACAACGACAGUAGGCGGCUAACAUGCCUCAUUGGAAAGUCGCUGUCCAGGACGUCUGACAGGACGGUCCGCAACUCUUCUCACUUCCUUCCAUCAACAGAGGAACUGCGUGAGAUCAAACACAGCAUAGAGCUGCUGGUAGACGAAGUCAGCUGCGAGAACAAGCAUAUAAAGGCGGUGAUUCGAGAAGCCCUGAAGGAUCCCAGCCGGUGCGCCCCACCUCACAUCAGUAUAAAGUCAGCCACCGAUCCGUCUAAGUGUUCAAGUGAGCCCCCGAGUGUGGCUGCCACCCCCACCACCGUCACCGCUGCUGAUGAUGAUGACGAGGAGGAGGAUCCGCCCUCGCUGCAUUCAUUUCUCAUGGACAGUUCCAUCGUCUCCUCCAACGUCGACAAUUCCUGCCGAAAUGCC